UUAUCUCAUUCGGAACAAGUAUUGAUUCAGUUUCAGAGAGGCAGUGGUAAACAAUUCUAUGUUAACAUUGUAAUGGCGAUUGUAAGAGAUUUAGCCAACAGUGAGUAAAUAUUAAUCUCCGAGAUUAUUACUUGUACAUUAUCUGUUGACACGUCUUUAUGAACGUUAUAUAAAGUCGUUUUUGUCUUAUUUGUUUUCUGUGAAGUACGAAGCCAUUGUUUUCAACGAGUGAAAGCAUCGUGAACUAAGGAACAGUAGCAUUUUUCUGUGCUAUUUCAUGUACAAUAAUAAUGUUAAGAUUUCGUGGAUUCAGAGCAUCUCUUAAUUUCUCUUCCGGAAAGGGGAGCGGCAUCGAUUAUCAUUAUGGAACAACUACCGGCGUGUCACUCAACGGGGCAUACAGAAGUAAUAACGAUGAACUAAUUGCGAAUUUCAACCAUUCAGAUCCUCCAAAACGAAUCACACCGUCUAUGGUCAAAUUACCACAAUCGCAAUCUGGACCAGCCAUAAAACCCUCCAAAAGCACUAGUGACCUCGUGAGACCUCUUAAUGUAUCAGCGAACAUAAGAAAUAGUUCUUCAAAUAUACCGCAAUCAAGUAAUAAUAACAUACAACUUACAAAAAGCCAAAUAAAAGAACAGCAGAAGCUGGAAAAGAAGCGUCUCUCAGAGCAGAAAAAGCGGGACAAAUUAGCAGCUAAGGAGCAACAAAAAAUGGAAAAAUUGCGAAAAGAAAGAGAGAAACAAGAACAAAAAGCAAGAGUAGCACAGGAAAAGAGUAAAACGAAAAAGCGCUCCGCCCCUCAACCACAAGUUCCUGUACCCCCUAAUCCUCCUGUACCACCUAAUCCUCCAGUACCCCCUAACCCUCCAGUCCCACCUCAAAUGCCAAGACCACCGACGUAUUCCACGAACACGCUUGAAAGUUCUAUAAGCAGAAGCAGUGGUCCACCUCCAUAUACCGCUGAAGUUACAACGAAUCAACGUGAUAUUAAAGGAAACACUAAUUUUUCGAAACCAGCGAAAGACUCGGGAAGUUGGGACAUGAUAUCUCAACAUCGGCAGCAGUUACACCGACCGACAGGCGUCAGCAAAAGUUUGCCCAAACAGACGCAUCUAGACUUACAUUAUAAUGUUGGUACUUCGAAGAACAGCCAAGACAAUAGCGACGCCUAGAUGACUUUAGUGUUUACUUCAAGUUUAAUCGGUCACCGAUUGUCGAUUAGGUCAUUCCGAUCAGAUCGCCUAUGUUAAUGACAAGAC